AGCUGCACUGCGAUGGCAGUUGGCGCGCUGUCCAGUUCCCUCCUGCUCACCUGCUGCCUGAUGGUGGCUCUGUGCAGCCCGAGCAUCCCGCUGGAGAAGCUGGCCCAGGCGCCCGAGCGGCCGGGCCAGGAGAAGCGCGAGCACGCGUCUCGGGACGGCCCGGGCCGGGUGAGCGAGCUCGGGCGCCCGGCGAGGGACGAGGGCGGCGGCGGCCGGGACUGGAAGGGCAAGGGCGGCCGCGAAGCGUGGAGCAGGCAGAAGCAGGCCUGGGCCGCCCAGGGCGGGGGCGCCGGGGCCGGGGACCUGCAGGGGCGGCCCCGCGGGGACACCCCGCACGAAGAGCCCCCGGCCGCCGCCGCCGCCGCCCAGGACGCGGCGGGCCCAGACCCAGAGCCCACGCCCGAGCUGCCGGAGGAGUACGCGUACCCGGACUACCGCGGGAAGGGCUGCGUGGACGAGAGCGGCUUCGUGUACGCGAUCGGGGAGAAGUUCGCGCCGGGCCCCUCGGCCUGCCCUUGCCUGUGCACCGAGGAGGGGCCGCUGUGCGCGCAGCCCGAGUGCCCGCGGCUGCACCCACGCUGCAUCCACGUCGACACGAGUCAGUGCUGCCCGCAGUGCAAGGAGAGGAAGAAUUACUGCGAGUUCCGGGGCAAGACCUACCAGACCCUGGAGGAGUUCGUGGUGUCGCCGUGCGAGCGGUGCCGCUGCGAGGCCAGCGGGGAAGUGCUGUGCGCGGUGUCCGCGUGUCCACAGACCGAGUGCGUGGACCCCGUGUACGAGCCCGACCAGUGCUGCCCAAUCUGCAAAAACGGCCCAAAUUGCUUUGCCGAGACCGCUGUCAUCCCCGCUGGGAGGGAAGUGAAGACGGACGAGUGCACCGUCUGCCACUGCACCUACGAGGAGGGCACCUGGAGGAUUGAGAGGCAGGCCAUGUGCACCAGGCACGAGUGCCGUCAGAUGUAG